UUACGUGAAUUUUAUUUACUUUUGUUUUAACUUUGUGUACUUGAUUGUGUGUGAUACUUUGCGCUUGUGGUCAUCGCGCUGUGUUUACGGCUACAUCGGACAGCGUUUCUUCUCUAUUUCUUAUUACGAAGACGAAUCCGACGAAACUACAUCUACUAUAUGAAUAGUUGGCUAGUUGAAAUUCCGGGAGAUGCAGAUAAGAGGAUCCGAUGUGGGCUAAAUAAGACUGGGUCAAAGACGUCGAAUCAUCCAGUGCAACAAGUAGCUCGUUAAUCUUGGAGAAAAUGAGAUAGUUUGAGUCGCCGCGUGUAGACAAAACGGUGUCUUAUCAGCGCGACAAACAGAGAUAAGAAAUAAGGGGUGCUCAUAAGAAGAAAAUACACCUGCGUUGUAACGUGAGUAACGGACAAACAUGUCGAUGGGAUACAAGUGCCACGUUGUCGCGCUACUGCUCUUCGUCAGCGGGAUCCUCGCGAGUCCCCUUCUGAAGAAGGACGAUGACUUCACCAUUAGGAUCGUUCACACGAACGACAUGCACGCGAGAUUCGAGGAAACGUCGAAACUGUCGACCGCGUGUACGCCGGAGAACUCCAAAGCGGGAAAGUGUUACGGGGGUUUCGCCAGGAUCGCGACUUUGGUCCGUCAAGCGAGGGCGCAAGGGCCGACGCUCUUCUUGAAUGCCGGCGACACUUAUCAAGGGACCGUUUGGUAUAACGUGUACAAAUGGGUGGCACCGGCGGUGUUUCUGAAUCUCCUGAAGCCGGACGCCAUCAGUUUGGGUAACCACGAGUUCGAUGACGGUGUCGAGGGGCUGAUACCGUUCCUAAAUAACGUGACGUUUCCCGUCGUGACGUCGAAUCUCAACCUCACCCUGCAGCCGAAUCUGCGUAAUACGAAACUUGAAAACAGCACGGUCCUCGUGGUGGGCGACCGAAAGAUCGGUGUCAUCGGUUACCUGACGCCCGAGACGAAGAUCCUGUCGACCACCGAGCAGGUGAUCUUCAAGGACGAGGUUGAAUCCAUCCGGGAGGAGGCUGAAAAGCUCAAGGGUCAGGGUGUCGACAUUCUUAUCGCUCUGGGUCACUCCGGCUACGAGACCGAUAAGAAGAUCGCCAAGGAGGUCGAAGACAUCGACCUGGUAAUCGGCGGUCAUACAAACACCUUCUUGUACAAGGGUACGCCGCCGGACUCGGAAGUACCGGAGGGUUACUACCCUACGGCGAUAAUACAGAAGAGCGGCAGGAAAGUCUACGUCGUUCAGGCGUACGCCUACACCAAAUACCUGGGUAACUUCUCCGUGAGCUUCAACGCCAGCGGAGAGGUGACUAACAUCGAGGGUAACCCGAUCCUGGUGGACUCCAGUGUGGAACAGGCAGAAGACGUCCAGGCGAAGAUAAAAGAGAUGAGGAAGCCCAUCGACGAUUUGACGACCAAGGAAGUCGGAAAAACGCGAGUGCUCCUCGACGGAGACAGUAAGAAUUGCAGACGAAAGGAAUGCAAUUUGGGAAAUCUGAUCUGCGACGCUUUAAUUGACUAUUACGCCAGCCUGUACUUGGCCAAGGAUGGAUGGACGGAUGCUGCCAUCGCGGUCCAGAACAGCGGCAGCAUCAGAACGUCCAUCACCAGAGCGAGAGAAAAUACGGUCACUCGAGGUGACAUCAUAGGUGUUUUGCCCUUCGGCAAUGUGAUUCAGCUGAUUUCCAUGACAGGAGAACAGAUACUUUCGAUGCUCGAAUGGAGUGUCUAUAAUUUGAAUAAUCGGACGUCCACCGGCAACUUAUUUGGCGCUUUUCUGCAAUACGGAGGACUGCAGGUGGAGUAUGACGAAACUCGACCGCAGAACUCUAGAGUGGUUUCCGUUCAAGUUCAAUGCGCCAAUUGCUCAAUACCGAGGUACAGCGAGCUCCAGAGAAAUGCUACCUACAAGGUCCUCGUGAAUGACUUCAUAGCGAAGGGCGGGGAUGGCUUCCAUAUGCUCGAGGGCCUCAAGGCAACCUCCCUCGGCGUCACUACGGCGGACGUAUUGGAAUGGUACUUCAAGAAACACAGCCCGGUUCACACAGGCGUGGAGUGGCGAAUUUCAUAUACAUGUGAUAAGACGGAUAAGUGUCUUAAAGAGAUGACAGUUGAAACUCAAGAAAAUCAAGAGAUUGAAGAAAAUCACGAAAAUCACAGAAAUCACGGAACGGCUUAUCAAGUGACUGAUAUGAUGGUUCUUUUGCCAAUUCUUUUACAGUUGUUGAUAAUAUAACAGAGAUAAAACGUUAUCAACUGCAACUCGAAGAGGGCACAUAAUUGAGUGCAUUAUACAGUUAAAGAUUAUCUAUAAACAAUAAUAUUUCCUAUAUUAACGAUUCGACUACCUCAAUUUUAUCUGCGAAUUAACAUAGUUCUAUAUACUUUCUUGCGCAUCGUGUAUACGACGACGCAUGAAAGGGUGGAUACGCGCAGUGGAUUAUACAGGAUACAGGAAAAGCAGGACGUGUAAAUUUAACACACAAUAUUGCCCAAGACAACCUUAUAAUCUGUCAAAUAAUAUAUUAUAUAUCUAUAUCAACAUAAUAAUGUCAUAAUAUAAUGUUAUCUCUAAAUAUUUUUAAUAUAUUUCGUAAAAAUAUUUUAUCAAACUCUCUUUCUCUAUUUUGUGUAUUUAAGGUUCCUGUUUUCUCAUCGUGGUCAUCUUGAAUAAUACAAUAUUACGAAAAACAAGAAAAUAAUAGUAAAAUUUUUAAAAGGUGAAAAGAUUCAAGACGUUCAUAAAGUUACACUUGCGAUCAAUUAAUAAGCAGCUUACAUAAAAUAUCCCUGAUAAAUUUUAUUUAUUGCAAUAUAACAAAUUAGUAAAAAGGCGGGCUACGCCUCACAUUAGUUUUACUGUAACAUCAAUUAUUAGAGUAAAAGAUAAAGUUCGAGUUAUAAAUUUAUUCAAUCGAUCGUAAGUGUCACCCAAUUAAAAUGACCACGGUAAGAAACCAGGACUUCGGAGCUUCUUGUUAAAAAUAACAAAUAAAUAAAUAAAACAUUAAUUUCAAACUCGAAUUCACUGACACUCUUUAUAGAUAUCGGUGCGUUAAUAAACUUAAAUUCUUUACGUA